AUGACAGCGGUAACCUCCUCCUUGUCGUCUUCUUUUCUCAGUCGGCUGACCCUGUUGAUGAAGCCCUUAUCUUCUCUGAUUUUUCUUAGUGGGUGUAUCAUGUCUACCUCGUUGAAGCUCUCAUGGAGUCACUUCCUUGAGCUUGGCAUUCUGCUCAAUAUAUGUCUUCCUUUUGUGUCUGCGAAUGCCCACGGUCAUUGGGGUGUCCAUGAUCGGCGACAUCAGCGCGAUGCGGUCUCUUCGACAGCUUUGCCUACAGCAAAACCUAGCCUAGCGACGACUGAAACCAUAAUGCUUUCGUCUGAAGUGGUCUCUGGGCCGACGGCAUUGUUUGACAUUAACUAUCUCACCAUGUUUUCGGCGGACUGUGCCAGUGCCUUGGGUGCGUCAUUGAACUGUUCGGAUCUAAUUCAGUACUCCGACUAUCAGCAGGGACUGACUGUGGAAAACCUCACGGCGCUCUGUACAACCGCGUGCUCUUCUUCGAUUGCGACAUUCCGAGAAAAUGUGUUCACAAACUGUGCGAACGAUAUAUAUACUGAUGAACCCGUAAAUGCUUCUUCGUAUGUCUACGGUACAGGGACCAAGAACGAUAUAUACAAUGUUGAGGGGAUCUCGAUCAAGCCGAUUGCCAUGGUUGAUCCUUAUUUUAUCAACUAUGAUAUGACUUGCAUGCAAGAUGGUGCCAAUCCCCCGAAUUUCUGCUACACUUUGGCUGCAAAUGACACCGGUACCGAAGUCGAGCCGGACCCAUGCGGCAACUGCGGUCUAGGCAUCAUGCGUGUGCAACUAGAUAGCCCAGUGGGUUAUUUCGACCAGUUUGCCAGCCAGUAUCUGGCCUCGGCAUCCUCUUGUGGUGUCACUGUGCCACCACUUUCCAAGCCAACUCAGGUCUAUCUCAACAACACUAACACCCUGGUCUCUAGCUACGCCUCAACUCCAACGUGUACGGGGAUAUAUGUCACUAUCACGCCUGGUAGUACCUGCGACGAAUUUGCCGAGAGCAACUCAAUCUCAACCGAUCAACUGUUGAUGAUCAAUGGUUUAGCUGGAGGCUGUGCUAAUUGGCCGGGCAAUCUCGAUAGUCUUUGUGUGGAGGGGAAUUGUGAGCCUUACUUAGUCCAGCAGAAUGACACUUGCCGAAGUGUCGCGGCCGCUCACAACAUUACACUAACUCAACUACUUUCAUGGAACCCAACCAUCGAUCCUAAGUGUACCAACUGGCAGACGAAGAUUGACCAUGUUAUCUGUGUCGGGAACCCCGUGGGAUAUGUUCAACCUACAAGCACUUCGGAGGCUACCACCACGGCGAUUGCGGUAACUGUGCCAACAAACGCCGUGGAUGGAUCGAACGUCAGGUGUGCGAAGUGGUAUACUGCCGGGGAGAAUGGUAAUUUGCAGCUCUGGAGCGCUCUAUGCUUGAUCUUCUGCUGA